UUAGUUUUUGAGUGCUAUUUUUGUGAUAUAAACUUAGAAAUGUGCUAUUUUGGAGAUUUGCCCUAAACUAUUUCUUACUAUGCUAAUAAAUAAGAAUAAAUUACAAAAAGAAGUUUAUAAUAAAAGUUAUUACAAACUUUUUGGGUAUAAAAAGGUCAUAUCAUAUUAAGAUCACUUCUCACGAUCGCUUCAGCUUAAACACUGUAGCAGAGAAAGAAAAAAAACAAGAACGUGAGUGAGUACAAGAGAAACAUGUCUAUGAGAGCAAUCCUAUCAUUGGUGGUUCUGGUGCUUCUCAUCGGAUCCCAUGAGUCCACUCCGAUCUCCGACGCUCUAAAGAAGCUAGAGGACUUGUUUGCCAAGAUCUUAGGCCAAUCGGACGACGUUCUCUCCUUCGCUCGCUUCACUCAAAAGUAUGGGAAAAAGUAUCAAAACAAGGAGGAGAUAAAACACCGUUUCUCGGUGUUCCAGGAGAAUCUUGAUUUAAUCGGAUCCACCAACAAGAAAGGCUUACCAUUCAAACUCGGUGUCAAUAAAUUUGCUGAUUUGACCAACCAAGAGUUUCUAAGGAACAAGUUUGAUUGUUCUCGCUUCGGCAUUUUCAAGGGCAGACACAAUGUCACAGACACAACCACAAUUCCUAGUGCUAAAGACUGGACAAAAGCUGGUAUAGUUAGCCCGGUUAGAGAUCAGGGACAAUGUGAAGCUGGGUGGGCAAUCAGCUCAGUUGGAGCUGUUGAGGCCGCUUACCGAAAGAAAUAUCCACUCGGCCGAAUUUCCUUGUCUGAGCAACAGCUUCUGGAUUGUUCUACAACUAACACUGGAUGCGAUGGCGGGGCUGCUGCCAACGCCUUUCAGUACAACGUAGAGCGCAAAUUAAGUCAACUAUCAAGCAGCUUACCCUUACAGAGGUACACAGGGAAAAUCUAUGGCGUAGGCGUAGGCGUUUCGUUUGACGAAAAUAAACUGAAGCAAUGGGUCGCAUCCAUCGGGCCAGUCACCGUAGGAUUUCACGUUACAAACUCAUUCGCUUUUUACGAGGAAGGAGUCUACACUAGUGAUGAGUGUGGAGAUACUACAGAGGACUUGAACCAUUUCAUGUUGGUGGUUGGCUAUGGAGUUGAAGACGGUGUCCCAUAUUGGCUUAUACAGAACUCGUGGGGAGCGGAUUGGGGCGAGAAAGGUUACAUCAAGGUGGAGAUGGGGAAGAACAUGUGUGGUGUUGCGGCAUAUGCAGCGUACCCCAUUCUGUGGUGAUCAGCAUAUAAAUGCAUGAUGCAUUCGCAUAUUUAUUGGAUUUCUUGAAAGUUGGCACCUUGGAGUGUUUAUGUUUGUUGUAACUUAUGGUCUCUUUAUAUGUACCGAAUAAAGCAAUAACUUAUUUUUUCUAAAUCAAAAACUAUAUAUAUGACAAAACUUGAUAAUAAUAAUAAUAAUAUAUAUAUAUAUAUAUAUAUAAUACUUGAUAAUAUAUGCAUGCGUGUUUAAUCGAACAACAUAUUACUUAGACCUAAAUAUCUUCUUUCUUGAUCGAAAGACAAUAAUAGCUUACAAAGUUAUGGCUUUUUGAUUAUGCCAGCGAGAAACAAAAAGAGGAAACUAUCUCUCCUCUAAACGAAACUCUCUCAAAAAAAAAAAAAAAAGAAGGUCAAGCUUUUAUCUCCGACAGUUUGCUCCGGCGGCUCCACCGUCGGAAGCGUCCGUUUGUUGUUUUAUGUAUUGCUUCUCCGCCGGUUCACAUAUCUAGCCGAUAUGUUUGUGGCUCUGUUCGAUGAAGUCUAGCCGCUCCGUCGAUCUGUGUAGAUCCGACGAGUCUUGACAGAGGAUGGUGUUACGACGAGGUUGGAUUGACUGGAUUCAGUGAGAAGUCGGAGUUUAGGGUUGUGUAGAGGGUUAGGUCACAGUUUUCCCCUUCGCCAGAUCUACUCCUCUACAGCAGUGAGGGCGCGUGGCUGAGCGGGGCCGGUCCUCUCUUCAGAUCCGGUGGUUUGGUGUCUUACUCCGGGUUCAUGGAGGUCCAGUCCGACGGCGUGUUGGCUCACUUGCUUGGUGUCGAGUUCGUUGAGCCAGCCGUUUUCUCCGGACAAAUUUGGGUCUAGAGUCCUCUCCGGUGCGCGACCGUGGCGGUGAAGGCUUUCGUGUGGAUGCCGUAGCUGCUGUGUUGCUCGCGUGCAACAAUCGUACUCUGUUUCAUGGUGGGUCGUCUAUGACAUUGCCGUGGACUUUGUUGCUUGUUGCUCCAUCUCUCUCCUCUCAGUUUGUCGCCGCUCUUGAUGUCGUCUGCGUCGUUGUGUGGCGUGGUGUUUCUAUCUCUCCGGCUCAUCAGGUAAUGGUUCGAUCUCCCUCCGUGUUGUUGUGUUGAUGAGGCAUUGCGGAGCUGCCUCUGGUUCUCAGUUGUGGCACGAGGCGGUUAGUUCAGACCUCCUUUGGGUCAUUGGAGUGAUGUCUCUCCGUGGGAGACUCGUGUGAGGAUUGGUUUUCCCAGCACCUCUGUGAUUCGCUUGGAUCGCUUUGGUGGGCCGAUCUUCGGUUCGUUUGUAGGAAGGAUGAACGUCAUCAGGAUGUGGUCCUCACCACGCCCGGUUUUCUGCUAUGGCUCGCAAUUAUUUCCGAAGACGAGUCUAAUAAGUGUAGAUUUUAAUUGUUCAUCGGCAUCCCAGAAGGCGCUCUAAAGGUUUUUUGGGGCGGUUCGAUGACUGAAGCUCUAGGGGCUUGGGUCCUCCUUUACCGGUGGUUGUGUGAGGCUUGAGUUGCAGCGACUAGGAUGGCAAAGCUGCGUGUGGAUGGAAGUCAAUCAUUUGGAGUAGCGCUGCGGGCAAGCCAAUUUCUACCAAAGCGUGGUCUUAUGGAUUAUCAAAGGCUUCCUUCUCAUGUGGCAAUGCUUCCUGUAUCAAGUUUUGGCUCCUUCCAAGCCAUAAAACCUUUUGUUAAUAUGGUUAUGUCUGUUGUUCAGUUGGGUUUGCUUUUUCUUUCUCUCUUGUGUUGCUUUAGAUUUAUAUUUUUUUUCCGCUACUUGUGUUC